AUGACACUAAAUGUGACAUUAGCCUCUGACAGUGAUGGUUGGAACAAAAUUGUUAACGAACAGCUAGUGGUUGAAUUGGCCAAGGACAAAAGACUUAAAGUAAGUGGAUUUGUGCCCCGUAACACAAAGGAACAGAGAGAUCAUGCAGAGAGUAUAAACAUCAAACUUGUGGAUGCUGAGGAUUUCUCUGGUUACUCAGCAAUUGAACUUUUGGCACAUCCUCCCGAUAGUCUUGAUAUUGAUAUUCUGUUGAUACAUUCAGUUGGGCCUGCCCUUGGACGACAAGCACAAGUUAUAAAGAAACACAAGAAAUGCAAGUGGGCACAAGUUGUCCAUAUAGCUUGUGAGGAUGUUCAGGAAUUCUUAGAAAGUGCAGAUAAAAAUGAUCGUAAACUUCAGGCUGAGUUGUGUGGAAAGGCUGAUAUCAUCAUUACUAUUGGUCCAAAGGUUGCUGAAGAAUGCAAACGUUUCCUACGCUGCUCUGGAAAGCAUGGAGAUGUCUUUGAGCUAACUCCUGGAAUUAUUGAAAGCCCUCAUAUCCGUCAAGUAUACGAAGAUACAGGCAAAUUUUAUGUUUUGUUCAGUGGCUCAUGGAAAUAUUUUAAAGCAAAGGGAGGGGACAUUGCAGCCCAAGCAAUCAAGUUCCUCAAUGCAUCAUCCUACCACUUGAUAGUUGCCCUAAGGCCUUGUGAGAGGGAGAAUGAGGAAGAGAUUAAGCAGGCCUUACAACAGGAGGGCGUUGACCAUCACCAAUUCAGCGUAAGAAUCUCUGAGAGUCAUCAAGACUGGUGGAAAUGGCUGUGCGAGGUGGAUCUGAUCAUUAAACCAUCAAGAGCUGAAGGAUUUGGAAUGAGUGGCCUUCUUGCUAUUUCAGCCAACCUUCCUGUUCUGAUCAGCACAUACAGUGGACUUGGUGUUGUUCUGAAGAAUAUGUCCUCUGGACAAAAGCACGUGGUGGAAUCUGAAGAUCCACAGGUUUGGGCUGACAGAAUACGAGAGAUCAAAGAAAAAGGUAAAGAAACACGCUGGAUGGAAGCUGAGGAGCUGAGAAAUGAAUAUAUGACACAGUUCAGCUGGAAGGAACAGUGCGAUAAAUUGGUGGAGACGUUUUCUGGAAUGGUCCAGCAAGGUGAUGGUAUGUGAUGUAGAUUUAUUGCUUUUUCCAUCUACAUGUACCAUAGCAAAAUUUUAGUUUUAGUGGCAGGUCUAUAAACUGUAUAGCUGAGAGGCACAUACCCUUUAAGGUGGCUAUACAUGUCAAUGCCUCAGUACAAAUUUUGCUCUAGCCAUACAUCCUUAAAGUAGUGAUAAUAGUUUGUACAUGUGAGCUGUUAUCAUUAGGACAGACACUAAUAAGAAGAUAUACUGGCGAUUGUUUUUCAGCACUCUGUUCAUAAUAAUAUUUUCUUUGUCUAGUGAACAGGUUUCUGUUAAGAUCUGGCAAAGAAAAAAUAGAAAUAGUGAAACUCUGCGAUAGAAAAGAAUCGUAUCAUGGAUUUGUUUAAUCUCUUCUUGUGAGUUUUUUUGUGUAUGUAAUAAAGUUUUUGUUGUUGACCUGCGCUCAUACAAUAAAACCUAAAACAAGAAACUGCGGAUUAAGGACCUCUAAGCUGAAAUUUGGCCUGAAUAAGAUGUUUGUAAGUCAUGUUAUUUAAUAAGAACCACUCUGUCUUAUGCUAAAGGAAACAGGGGUUCUUAGAUGUACCCUUUUUCUGUACUGUUUUUUCUCCAACGAGAGUAAGAGGCUUUCCUCUGGGCUAAAUUAGUAACUAGGUUACCCCAUUCCCUUCUACUCGCAUACUCAAACACAAGGAUUCCCCAACAAAAGCUGUUUUCCUCACUUGCUUCUCUCGUUUGACUAUACAGCAUCAUCUCCUCUCUAUCUGAAUGUAGUUGCAGAGUUCUUUUAUGUGCAUUAGUUUAUCAAAAGCUAGUUUCCGAUUUGUUGAAUGAUACACCUACUGAAGUUACUGCCUUUAUCUUAGGUUCCCCUUUAAAGGUUCCCCUGUUUUGGUCAAAAUUUCAGGCACUUAUUUAAGGAAAUGCUUACUUCAAGUAAGUAAUGUGUUGUGAGAAAUUUGUUCCGUCUUUUUUGCUAAUGAUUACCACAUUUUCUAAUCUUGCAGGUGAAGAUUCAAACCACCAGGAAACACACCAGGCACUAACACUACAGAGGCUGUCCACCAAAGUCAAAGAAAUACCUCUAAGUGUCUUUUCCCAGGUAUGUGUGAAGUUAAACGUCAAACAACAGUUGGGAUUCAAUGACUUCAGAAUGUUCGCUGAGAGAGUUGGAUUAAAAAGGGAUGAAACAGACUACAUAGACCAAAGAUUUCCAAACCCCACUGAGGAAAUUGUGAACAAGUGGACACAGAAGGGUCAGGCAACAGUUGGGCAACUGAUUGAGUGGUUGAAGGACGACAGUUUUCAAAGGAUGGAUGUAGCAGAAAUCCUUGAGGACUGGGUCAAGGGAAGACCAUCACAGUGA